GCGCCUGGUGGCCAUGGCGUGCAGAGUGGGCCCUCUCCACCGUCUGGCUCCUCCCUGCUUCUGGCUCCUGGCGCUGGUCCUGCUGACGUCUGCAUCUGCCCGGCCUGCCAACCACUCAACUCGAGAGCGGGCCAGCAAGGAUGAGAACGAGAUCCUUCCCCCUGAUCACCUGAACGCAGUGAAGCUCAAGCUGGAUGGGCACCUCAACAAGGACUUCCAUCAGGAGGUGUUCCUGGGGAAAGACACAAACGGGUUCGAGGAGGACGCCGAGCCUCGCAAGAGCAGAAGGAAGCUGAUGGUCAUCUUCUCCAAGGUGGAUGCCAACACCGACCGGCGGAUCAGCGCCCAGGAGAUGCAGCGCUGGAUCAUGGCCAAGUCCGCGGAGCACCUGCGGGAGGCCGUGCAGGAGAGCCGUGCGCACUUCCGCGCCGUGGAUCCCGAUGGGGACGGCCGAGUGUCCUGGGACGAGUAUAAGGUGAAGUUCUUGGCGAGUAAAGGCCACAAUGAAAGGGAGGUGGCUGAGAAGAUGAAAAACCACGAGGAACUGAAGGUGGAUGAGGAAACACAGGAAGUCCUGGAGAACCUCAAGGACCGCUGGUACCAGGCAGACAACCCCCCGUCGGACCUGCUGCUGACCGAGGACGAGUUCCUGUCCUUCCUGCACCCCGAGCACAGCCGUGGCAUGCUCAAGUUCAUGGUCAAGGAGAUCGUGCGGGACCUGGACCAGGACGGUGACAAGCUGCUGUCCCUGUCCGAGUUCAUCUCCCUGCCCGUGGGCACCGUGGAGAACCAGCAGGGCCAAGACAUGGACGACCACUGGGUCAGAGACCGGAAGCGCGAGUUUGAGGAGUUGAUUGACGCCGACCACAACGGGAUUGUGACGAUGGAGGAGCUCGAGAACUACAUGGACCCCAUGAACGAGUACAGCGCCCUGAACGAGGCCAAGCAGAUGAUCGCCAUUGCUGAUGAGAACCAGAACCAGCACCUGGAGCCCGAGGAGGUGCUCAAGUACAGCGAGUUCUUCACGGGCAGCAAGCUGGUGGACUACGCCCGCAACGUGCAUGAGGAGUUCUGAGGACAGAAGGACAGAUGGACGGAUGGAGCCACAGCCAGGACGCCCCAGGGACCUGGAGCUGCAGCAGCCCCCACCCCUGGGUGCUCACGCUCAGUCUCUAAGAAAAGGAGAAACGGAGACAGUGACAGGAGCCGCUGAUUCAGUAGAAUUUGCUGCCUUUUCUCCCCGUUGCGUUUCAUUGGUGAUAAAAACAAC